AGGCGGAUUUUGUGAUUUUUUUUUGGAGCAACGCUUAUCAUUUAGCGGCUAUUCGAAAUUUGAGUUCACGAUUUGUAUCCUCGAUUGACCGAAAUUUUCAGAUGGAUCCAGUAUUAUUGCCGGUGGCUAAGCUGAGGAUAUUCGAUGAUUUUGGAGAGCAUUCAGUUCCUCUGGUGAUGGGCCAAACGUGGAUUGGCAGCAAUGAAUCGCAGUGUAACGUUGUCCUCUUCGGCAGUGAGCAAAUUUCAGAUCGUCAUGCUGUGUGUACUAUCAGCCGCUCGAAAUAUGGUAAGCUCGUUGCUGAGAUUGAAGAUCUGGGGAGCUCCAGUGGGAUCUAUAUUUGCAGUGAUGCGGAUGAAUGUCUCAAUGUCGUCGACUCUAGUACCGAAUGCGUGAAUUCAAAAGAUAAUGUAUUUAUUGAUGGUGAUUCCAUCAACAGGACGCACCAGGUCGAAGGUAUGGUAAUGGGGAAAUCUGACUGCACUGAAGCGUUACUUGACUCCAGCAUGAUGUGGGAUGUACCUUCUGAUUCGAAAAAUCGACCUUCUCCAAAACGUGUCACUUCGUGUAGUCAUAACCGAACCUCUGUGUCUAGUAGCUCUUCAUGCGAAUCCGCUUUUCCGAGUCUCGACGGACACCGUAGUCUAACAGGAUCAAGUGCCGUGCCUCAAACCUCUGAUGACGACAUUCCAGUUUGUUUCUCGUCCAAUGAGAUUACUACUGUGGAUUGUUCCGAAAUGUCUGCCAACAAAAUUAGGCGUGAUACUAAUCUGAGCGUUAAAAGUAUUUCCAAGUAUUCUGUUGAUGAUUGGUUGAAGUUGGACAUUGGAAGUCUGACACAAGAUGGCUUCCAGUCCCGUAGAAGAUCGGCAAAUAUUCCUGAUAUCGGUGAGCGAUUCAAGAAACCUACACAUUUUCCCGAACGCUCUCGUUCAGAAGAAGUUAUCCAGCGGAAUCAUAAACGCAUUUCUGAUGAAAAUAAUCUUCGCAAAAAUGAUUUAAGGAAGAGUUCACGCACAAAUGAAGUCCUCGAAGCUAAACGCCAUGUCGAUGAUUAUGCUGUCGAUUCGCGAUAUGUUGAGUUUUGCAGCCGUCCGGGAAACCGGGAGUCUGACAAUGCAAGUGAAAACCAUCACCGAGAUAAUGUGUUGGGAAAUGGAGUGAAUGUCAAGACCGUGUCUUGUUCAGAAGAUUCAGACUCAUCUAGAAGCAAAUCGCCGGCUGAAAAUCGCGAGAAGUCGGUGCAACUUUUUGUGGAAGAUCCAGAGGAUAUGUAUGACGUUAAGUCUGUUCCGUCCGAGUUCGAUGAAAAUCUUGCUCUGAAAUCGGUCAAGAACUCCUCAGAUUUUUAUAAGAAAGAUGUCUUGGAGAAUUUUUCGGAUUCAGGAGAAUACUUCGAGGAGAGUUCUGCGGCAUUACAGUCUGAAACAGAAAAGGAAAAAAUUUUGAAGCUACCCAUGGAGAGAGACUCUUCGGGCACCGAAUUGUUCACGACAGCCUCGAUUAAUACUCUAGCCGUACUUGAUACUUCUGAAACAUCAUCACGGAAUUCCGUUGACUGCAUCACUCAUUUCGUUUCACAACCAGGGACUUCCGUACGAACAAAUCGGAUUACCGAACCUUCAGCUUUGAAAGAAAGAUGUUCGAAUGGCUCUACAAAUGCCGAUCCGGGGAGACGAACCGACGAGUCUGUCGUGAUGCCAACUCCAACGAUUCGCCUUAAAAAACUUGAUGGAAAGACAGAUACUGCUAACCUUGCGUGUGCACUAUUUGAAGAUGAUGAAAAUCGGGAGAAAAAUAUGUCCACUUCGGAAUCCGAUGAUUCCCCGAAAACAUGGGAUGACCAAAGAGGGAUUUCACGUCCGAAGCGUGCCGCAGCCAUGGCGGCAAUGAUAUCCAUCCAAAACAUAUCAUAUUACACAAAAAAGUCACUGGAACAUUCGUCUGGGUUUGGGUUUCCUUUCGUGAAUCGGAUAGUUCUGUGCUGUUCUGGAGAAGAGCGAAAGAAGCUACAAGAUUUCAUAACCGGUUUGGGAGGGUCCGUGGUGAGUUCGGACUCCCUUGUUAAUGCUGAUGUGUUGGUGGUGGAAAAGAUUGAAGCAAGCGUGGAAGUUCUCGCGGCGAUUUCUCUUGGAAAAGCAAUAGUUGGGAAACAGUGGCUGAUAGCCUCGCAGCGCGCCGGUUUAUUUCUUGGGAGUAUCAAAAGAACAUCAUCUUGUAAUCUCGUUGGAGCUGCGUUAUGGAAUGUUGAAGACGGAAGUGGUACACAAGGCAAGCCCAAAUCCAACGAGGAUUGGGAUCCCUUUGACUUUCCCCUCAAAACCGGCGAUGAAUUGGAAUUUGGCGGUGUCAAGUGCGAAUUCAUAACUUUGGGUCCCGAAGAAGCUGCUUCUCUUCCAGGGAAAACGGUCUCAUCGAAACAAACAUUGAAGCUAGCGAAACAGGAUGCGUCGCAUUCACGAUGGUCGAAGACGAUUGAUGAAAGUAGUAGCGAUGAGGAAAAUUCUACGUCCAUUCUGGGAACGUCUUUAGGACUUGCCCGAACACGUGCCGUUGAAGGUUGUACGACUAUAUUAGAUACCCCGGACAGUCGGGGUGAUGAAUCUGCAGAUAUCUCUUCACUGGAAAAUUCUCGUACCGAGAAUCAUUCGCGUGAUACCACGCAGAAUUCGACCAAGGAACCAAAAUGCAUCGAAUCCCCUGGUUUUUGCGACACAAGGAAUCCUGUCGAUUCCUCGUUGCAGUCGUUGGAUUCGACAAAUGGUUCAUCACCGUCCCCCAUGGAAUAUUUCAAGUCUGAAAGGGAAGAUUCCUUCGGAGAUUAUCCCGAAACACAGGCUGCAUUUCUCACACGCCGAUCCCUUGCUCAGGAUUCAUUUUCAGAGUAUCCAAAAACUCAGGCAGUGCGUUUGAGAGAAAGUUGUGAUUCAGACGAGGACGAUGCUCUGACUCAAGUCCAGCGAGUUGGAAAUAGAAUGGGCGAUGUGCUGACUCAAGUUCAGCAUGUCACUGUAGGAAUGGACGAACAAGAUUCGCACGCGGACGAUUUGCAAGAAACCGAAUAUGCACCGUUGGAAGUCUCCGCCCUUGAUGCGCAAAAGGAUGACAAAGAACUGGAAGACGUUAGUAUCAACGAUCGUGCUUCUGUGUCCGCUUCCAUUGAUAGCGGACUUCACGAUUUUUUCGGAGACUCAGAAACUUUUACUCCACCGAAUUUGAAAAACGUGCGGUCGUAUUCCGCUCGAUAUUCCAAGUCCAUGGCCAAAGAACGAUCCUCUUCUACUCUUUUUUUGGAAUCCUCCGAAAGCGAAAUUUCGUCACCAAAAAAAAAUUCUUUUGCUGAGCCAAGGACUCCUCCAUCUCGUCCCAAGGGGCGCCGAGCAUUGCAUUGUGCCUCCGGAAAUUGGGCUUCAGAUGAUUCAGAACCGCUUGCCUUUUCACCUGACGCUGUGAACCGCACUUUACCCGCGCAGUUAGUGAAUGAAGUGAAAAGAUCUGUGCCAGUAAGGCGAACAGCUAGUAAUGGGAAAGGAUUGUUCGGGUCCUGUCGAACCCGUGAACCGCGGAAGACGAAAAACCGAGGCUCUAAAGCUGAGGAAGUCGAACCGGAAAAAAUCAACCCAAUUACUUCUGAACUCGAUGAUCCAUCGAAAAGUUCCUCUGCGUCCUGUCGAACCCGUGAAACCCGGCGGACAAACCCCCCAGUUUUCGAGGCUGAGCUUGAAAAACGUGCAUCAAAAUCCCUCAAACCGAAUGUUCCUGAACUCAAUGUUUUGAAGAAAACUUUCCCCGCGUCUUCCCGAUCCCAAGAACCUCACCAGCUGAAAUUUAAGACUUCGGAAGCUGAGGUCGAGGAAUCCGUGCCAAAAUCCAUUCACAAGAGCAAUCUUACCAUUGAGCUCAACGUCGAAUCGAAUAUUUUGCCUGCAUCCUCACGAACCCGUGGCAGGCAGCGUAAGAAAACUCGAGGCUCCGAAGAUGAAAUACAAGAACCCGCGGCAAAAUCCAUCGCUCCUGAGCAGCAAGAAGGCAUAGCUUCGUCUCUCCGAACUCGUGAGCCUCUUAAAACGAAAACCAGAAGAAUUGAAACCGGCGAUGAAGAACCCCCAUCGAAUUCCGUCAAGCGAAUUGUUCCCAAGCCUAACUCCCAAUCUGAAGGUUUUCCUGCGUCCUCCCUAACCCGUGGAUCCGGCUCGACGAAAACCAGGGUUUUUGAAGCUGAGGUUGAGGAAGAUGCGCCAAAAUCCAAGCGUCAGAUCAAUUCUACUGCGAAACUCGACGUAGAAACUACAAAUGUACCUGUAUCCUCCCGAACCCGUGGUGGGCCGCGUAAGGUAACCCGAGGCCCCAAAGCCAAGGAACCUGGUCCAAAACCCGUCAAACAUAACAGUCCUCCUCCUGAUGCUGGAAUACAGUGCUUUCAGCGUGGAGAUGCUGAAGUCAAUGGUACUGAGCAAUCUGCUAAACCAGGACUGGUCCAUUCUAAAGAAGAUCUUCCGUUGGAGCUGAAUCAUCAACAAAUUUCAGAACAGAAAUCCGUGAAGUCUGGAAAGCCUGCAGUUAAGAGCAGUGUCGUGCGUGAAGGCAGCAGAUCGAGAAAAGGAGGUUUCGGGGGAAAAGAGGAAUCUUCUACAGCAGUCAAGCAGCAAAGUGCUGCAGUUAUGGUCAGUCGUGUGAACCAUCAGAAAUCAAGCGAAACUGCGGCAACUGUUGUUCCGAGGCAAAAACGCAAAGCCAUGCUGAACGCUUCUAUACGGAUUGAAAACUGGUGCGGACGAAGCGAGAAAAAGGAAGUUAAAGAGAACGUCAAUCCGAAGAAUAGCAGUAAAAGGAAAAUCGCUGCGAAGUCUGCAGACGAAGACGUGAAACGAAGCCGAGUCGAGUCGUCGGUUCAGCUAGUGACUCCGUCAGCUAAACCGGGAUACACUAGAAAGUCUCUGGAUGAAGACGCUUCAAACGUUAAACGUGUAGCGGUUGGUUCUGGGUGCCAGGCGAGAGACCUACUUGUCAAUCUUGUCGAAAUGUUGGGAGGCUGUGUUGUAGAUAUUGAAGAACCUGCUGACGCACUCGUCGUGGACCGUUAUGAAGCAUCUGUUGAAAUUCUAACUGCCAUUACGUUGGGAAUUUUGAUAGUGCAUUCAGGUUGGAUCAAGGCUUGCAAGCGUGCCGGAAAAUUAAUAGGUGCGCGAGAGUUUCUGAUGAAGCGUCCAACAAACGAGAAGAUAUACGGUGCUGAUAUUGAGGAGAGCGUCAUAUUUUCGCGAAGCUUGAAAUUCCGGGGAGUGAAACUUCUAGCUGGAAAGACGUUCUAUUUAUCCCCGAAAAUUGUCGACCCACCAGUGGAUCAGUUUGAGCGUUUCCUGAAACCGUGUGGAGCGGUUUGUAAAAUACUGGCUUCGAAAGUUCGUGUUCCCAAGGACGCGGAAUCUUGGAUUGUAUUGGCCAAUUCUACGGACAUGCGACCUUCCGAGCGAAAAGGUGUGAAACGUGUUAGUGUUCACGAGCUCCUUGAUGCUGUUUUUUCUCAGAAGGCCCUAGAAUGACUGACGUGGCUUGUGAUGGAUUCAAAACGUAAGGGCUGCACUUUUCUUGUGAUUCUAAGUUCUCGAAGCGUUCUGUACACGUUGAGGAAUGCUUCAGAUCGCGUCGAAUCUCGUAAAUAUCAAAAGUUGAUAUUUCUCCAUCCAAGAGCCGGAAUUACGGGAAGGCUGGAGUAAAACUGCCUAAAAGAACGUUAAAAAGUUUAAAUUUGUAAAGAGUAUUUCGUGAAGUUGCCGGUUAUUCCAUUAUUCUGAAAUUAUUGCGUUUUACUCCGUUGUUCUCAGACUUACUAUCCCCAUGUUAAUCAACACGCUCGAAACACUAAAAUUGUGAUCAAAUCGAUCAAUUUUUCCACGUUUGGAUGGAUUGUUCUUUUUCGAGUUUGUACUUUUUUGACGGCUUUUGCAAGAAUUGGCGGUGUUCCUCAGCGGGAGGAUUCGAACUAUGCACGGGUAUUUUGCAAUGCCUUUUUUUCUUUUGCUUGGAAUUUUGAAGGCCUGUUCCGAAUGAAUCAUUUUUCAUGUUUUGCUACCGAGUUAU